UAGAUAGAUAGAUAGAUGAAUGACAGUUUGUCAAUAAAGAUUUUACAAAAGCCGCCAACCUGUCACGGUCGCCUUGCGAUGACGUCAGCGGUUGUUUAGCGCAGCACUUUCAUGGCGAGUGUGGCGUCGUUUAGUUUCUUCGGCAGGUGAAGUUUAUUCGGCGUAACGUCGACGCGUGUGGCGAGCUCGCAACAUGAACAAAGUGGCUUCUUUUCAAAUUCUGCUUGUUUGCUCUCACGUCGCUUCUGCCGCUCUGCACUCUCUGUGGCACGUGUACACGGUGAGCAGCGGCAUCCCGCGCCUCCCGCCCGUGACGGCGGCGGUGCUGGUGGACGGCGUGACGACGGAAUAUUACGACAGCCGCACCGGGACGGCGGUGGCCAAGCAGGCCUGGAUGGACGCCGUCGUCCGCCGUCAUCCCGACUACUGGAAGGAGCAGACGGCGUUCUGGCAAGGACAGGAACACUUUGGCAACAUCAACAUGGCAAUACUCCUGAAUAGAUUCAACCAAUCGGACGGCGUCCACGUGUUCCAGGUGCUGCACGGCUGCGAGUACGACGACGAGAGCGGCGACGAGUCGGGCUUCAACCGCCACAGCUACGACGGCGACACCACGCUGGUUCUGGACGUGGAGCGCCGCAUGUGGAUGGCGCUCAAACCUCAGCUGGAGCCCACCGGCCGCAAGUGGAACCUAAACGAGGGCUGGCUGGAGUUCAUGGAGCACCGGCUGCUCCGGGAAUGUCCGCCCCGCCUCCGCGAGACGCUGCAAUACGGGAAGGACUUCCUGCGCCGGAUACAACGCCCCCUGGUAUCUCUGCUGCAGACGGAGCCGUCGGCGCCCGUCACGUGCCAUGCCACGGGUUUCCACCCCGGCAAGGCGGACGUGUUCUGGACGCACGACGACGAGCAGCUCCACGACGACCGCGUGGAGCACGGUCAGCUGCUCCGCAACCACGACGGGACCUUCCAGCUCGCCGUCCGCCUGCGCGUGGCCGGCGUGCCGCCCGCCGACUGGCGCCGCUACGCCUGCGUCUUCCGGCUCGAUGGACUUGCCGAGACGAUCGUCACCGCGCUGGACGCCGCCGAGAUCAAAACGAACUACGUCAAGCCAGCGGAUCACACCGUCGUCAUCCUGGCCGCCGUUGUGUUCGUCGCCGCCCUGGCGGCGUCGGCGGGCGCCGGCAUUUUCGUCCACAGGAAGAGACGACAUGAGCGUCGCGGGGACGCGGCGACGCGGCGAGACGCAAACACCGGCCUCUGCGUGUACACAGACGCCGGCGAAGACGUCCUUGGCGGUGGUGACCAGCAGGGGGAGACAUUGCAAAGUUCACUAAGAAAACAAACCGUAGUCACGUGUCCCCAGGUUUGUCCUCCCCACUGAUACCUGAGAAUUUCGAUGGUUUUAACAUUUCAAAUGUAUCUUUGUUGAUUUGUCUAUGCCGUCGAUGCCUCACGGCGUCGUGCUGGCCGUAACGAGACGGCAGUCUUUAACCACUUACACACAUUCUCUUCUCAGACUUAACGGCUAAAUAAUAAACACUUACCUGAGCCUAAACAAUGUU